UGGCCCUGUUACCUUUUCUAUGCCUCCUCUUCUUUCUUCCUCUGUCCGUGUCCUUCCUUGUAAUGCUAUAAAGGCAACACACUAACAACCAAACAAAAGCCAAAGGCUGCUCAGCACCACACACAUAUAUAUACACUCAAGUUCAAGCUCUCAAAACACAUGGAACAGUUUAAGAUUCUUUUUGUUUUUCUCCUCACUCUGCUACUUGUGCUCAAGCUCGCACUCUCGCUCUGGUGGAGACCAAGAAAAAUUGCCAGACAUUUCUCCAAGCAAGGAAUCAGAGGACCCCCUUAUCGUUUCUUCAUUGGAAAUGUUAAGGAACUCGUGGGACUCAUGAUGAAAGCUUCCUCUCAACCCAUGCCUUUCUCUCACAACAUUCUCCCUAGAGUCCUCUCCUUCUACCAUCACUGGAAGAAAAUUUACGGAGCAACAUUUCUUGUUUGGUUUGGACCCACUGUUCGAGUCACCAUCUCUGAUCCAGACCUCAUCAGGGAAAUCUUCACCACCAAAUCAGAAUUCUAUGAGAAAAACGAAUCUCCCCCACUUGUGAAGCAGCUCGAAGGUGAUGGACUCCUUAGCCUCAAAGGAGAAAAAUGGGCUCACCACAGAAGAAUCAUCUCUCCCACCUUUCACAUGGAAAAUCUCAAACUCUUGAUUCCGAUUAUGGCAACAAGCGUGGUUGAGAUGUUGGAGAAGUGGAAGGCAAUGGCAGAAAAGGGUGAGGUGGAAAUCGAAGUUUCGGAAUGUUUUCAAACGUUAACAGAAGAUGUGAUCACUAGGACAGCGUUUGGAAGUAGCUACGAAGAUGGAAAAGCCGUUUUCCGGUUACAAGCCCAACAAAUGGUCCUUGCAGCCGAUGCCUUCCAAAAGGUGUUCAUUCCAGGUUACAGAUUCUUGCCCACGAGGAGGAACAUAAAUUGUUGGAAAUUGGAGAAGGAGAUGAAGAAAUCGUUGGUGAAGCUGAUCGAUAGAAGAAAAGAGAAUGCGUGUGGGAAAGAGGAAAAAAAAGGAGCGAAGGAUUUGCUGGGGAUUAUGAUUGGGGCUUCAAACACCACCUCGAACGUGAGCGUAACGGUGGAUGACAUAGUGGAAGAGUGCAAGACGUUUUUCUUUGCAGGCAAACACACCACUUCGAACCUGCUGACGUGGACGACGAUUCUGCUUGCGAUGCACCCUGAGUGGCAGGUACGGGCACGUGAGGAGCUGCUGAGUGUGUGCGGGGCACGUGACGUUCCCACCAAGGACGACCUUGCCAAGCUUAAGACACUGACAAUGGUCGUGAACGAGUCCCUAAGACUGUACCCUCCCACAAUCGCAACCAUAAGAAGGGCAAAAGCUGACGUGGAGCUAGGGGAGUACAAGAUCCCGUGCGGGACGGAGCUCCUGAUCCCCAUAGUGGCCGUUCAUCACGAUCAGGCCACGUGGGGCAGCGACGCGAGUGAGUUCAAUCCUGGCCGUUUCUCCAACGGCGUGUCCCGCGCAGCGCAACACCCUUUCGCCUUCAUCCCCUUUGGCCUCGGUGUGCGCACAUGCAUCGGACAAAACCUCGCAAUUCUUCAAACCAAACUCGCCCUUGCGAUCAUGCUUCGCGGUUUUAGUUUCAGGCUGGCCCCAAGCUAUCGCCACGCACCAACGGUCCUCAUGCUGCUCUACCCUCAAUACGGUGCGCCAAUACUUUUCCAACGCGUAUCCACAACCGCCACUACUUUGGGUUCUACCUGAUUAUGCAUGUGUUUUUGUGUAGAUUGGGUGUACAUGUGGCUUGUGUUUAGGAUCAAACUCCCCCUUUUGGCUUUGUCUUGUGAGUUGAAGGAAAAAAAAAUAUAGAUACAUAUGUAUGAAUUAAUUAGGUUUUAUAUAUGUUGAUGGUUUGAAAGAGGUUCUUAGAAGCUUAUAACAUUGAUGUCAAUUUUAUUUUUUUUUAGAACAUUGUGGAAUAUUAUAGCCAAACAUGGUUUGUGUUAAUUCAAUUGCGUUGUAAAAAAAUGUUACCUCAAUUGCAAUCACAAUAUAGGUUUAUGAUU